UGUCACCAGGUUCUGUUCCGAGCAUUCUUAUAACAGUUGGAAAAGAAACUGCAAAGAUGCCUCUCACACAAGUAGACAAAAACCACGUGAAGUCCAUUUGGUCCAAGGCAAGCGGCAAGGCUGAGGAGCUUGGCGCCCAGGCUUUGGGAAGGAUGCUCCAGGCCUUCCCAAAUACCAGGACAUACUUCUCUCACUAUAGUGAUAUGAGUGUGAAAUCAAGUCAAGUGCACGUCCAUGGCAAGAAGAUCAUUGACGCCAUCACCGAAGCAGUCAACCACAUAGAUGACAUAUCCGGGGCUAUGUCCGAACUGAGCACUCUGCACGCCCACACCCUGAGAGUCGAUCCUGCCAACUUCAAGGUCCUGUCCCACAACAUCUUGGUGGUCCUGGCACUUUAUUUCCCUGCUGACUUCACCCCGGAGGUUCACCUUUCAUGUGACAAGUUCCUUUCCUGUGUGUCCUACGCCCUGGCUGAAAAGUACCGUUAAAACACGAAAAGCCGAGCUCGAGACAGGAAACUUACCAGCCAUGUCCAAACUGAUCCUUCAGUUGUUGUCAAUAGACAUGGAAUAAAAUUUUAAAAAAAUAAAUGAUUUGUUCCCAUUAAAA